UAGUUGGAAAGAACCUCCUCAAGGUUUAGUAGGUAGUCCUAAUCAGAUGACUACCAUUGUUUUUCAUGCUUUGCUGCCUCUUUCAUUGUGGGAGUUUGAUGACACAUCUCGUGUUUGUAUUCGAUUUGGAAGUAAUAAAUUAGGUAGCUGGCAGUGUGAUGUUGGACCCUGUGAAAUAAAUAUAUGUAGCGGCAUUGAUGAUAUGCGUGAAGUGACUUUAAAAGUUAAAAUUGGAUCAAAUAUUGUGUCUGAUGGAGUGCCAUACAAGUAUUGUGUAUAUUCACCCAAAACAAAGUCUGUAAAGGAUGCUCAAUAUGAACAUAUAGUUGCUGAUUAUGGAAGUUAUCCAAAUGAGUAUAAUAAUCGCUUUAUAAAGGUGCCAGCUACUAUUAAAGAUUUUCAUCAAUAUGACACUGUCAUUUAUCGUUCUUUGCAUUCUCUUGAGAACCAAGAAAAGAUUAGAAAAGUGGCCUCAUCUAUAGUAAAUAUUUUAUUUGGACAACCUGAGACAACUACAGCUGAUAUCAAAGAUGUCAAGCUGCCUACUAUGAUUGAAACAAGAUCUUAUUGCCUACAAGUUUAUUUAGCUGACGUUUUCAAAAAUCUCCAAUUGGGGUGUGUUACACAUGUGGAAGAAUUAAUAAGUCACAUAGAUAAUGUUUAUGAUUGUCUUUAUGUACCUUUAUUGCACAACGAAAGAACAAGUUUAAGUACUGUAACAAGAGAAUGGAAAUGUAAUGAUUUGAAGCAUAAUUUGAAACAGACACUACUGGCCCUUGCUCAUGAUUUGAAUAAGAAUGAAGGAAUUUCCAGUGACAAAAGAAUGAUUGUGGCAACCGUAAUAAUUUGCUGUCUUCGAAAAAUUGGUUUUACUGAUAUCUCAGAGGAUGAAACACUAAAUAUAUUUAGUUUGUUGACUAUUAAUUUUCAAUUUGAAAGGAGAGAAUGUCAAGAGUUACACUCUUUUUUGGAAAUGCUGAAGAUUGGGAGUUUAAAGACAAUAUUAUUAUUUUUAGAAGCAGCAACAUCAUACAUUGUGAGAUUUAAAGCUACUGGAGUGAACCAUCGUCAUUUAAUAUUGCUGUUUAAUUUUGUUUCACUGAUGCAUUUUAUUCAAGGCCACACCAAACCAUUUGAAUGCCUUGAUCAAAGCCCUGAGCAAAUUCAAUGGCAUUUGCUCGAUGAUGCAUUUUCAAAAAUUAGGCCUUACAUGUAUAAAACAAUGGAUAAACUACAGUCAGAGGAACUGAAGACACUUCACUCUGAUCUUCAAAAGCUUUUUUUGAUUGAUCCUCUUCUCUUGCCUAUUUUUAUACAAGCGUGUUCACUUUCUCAAUGCAAGGCACUAUUUAGAGCAGUAUCUCCUUUUUAUUCUGUGUCAAAUCUAGCAUUCAGAUUUCAGCAUUCAUCCUCUAUUACAAAUAACACAGAAACAAUUGUAAAACUUUUGGCUCUAAUACAUUCUCAUGUGGACCAUUCCUUUAAUGAUAACAAGCACGAAGGUGUACAACAGCUUAACUAUGCUGUACAAUAUCUUAUGAAAGGCACCAUAACAGAAUUUCUUAAACCUGUGCCUUUUCCUGUGAUAUUUGCAUCUGUUAUGGCGCUUUAUUUAAAGGCACUGUCAAUGGCCUUAAUGUGCUCUAAAAAUCCAAAUAUAUUAGAUGAAGGGCUUGGAUUCACUAAUGAAACUGUAAACAAUUGGGUAACAGGUAUCAUUGGUGGAGAUAUGUUUGGAAACGAUGUCACUCGGCCUUCUGGUAAAUAUUUAUUGAAACAAAGUGAUGAGUUUGAAGUUUGGCAACACAUUUUUUUAAUUGCUUGUCCAGAAAACGUAUCUCAAAGUUGGCAGUAUUCACUUUGUUCCAUUGUUGAUAAAAGGCUUUCAAAAGUUCCUUCCCAUUUAAAGGCAGAUAUUUUGCAGUUUGCUGAAAAUAAUCAAGUUCAUCCUCUUUUGUUGCAGACUAUUGUGGAUAAUUUAUGUCAGUCUUUGGAUGACCUUAUUUUUUCAGAUGGACAAUCAUAUACAGACAGUCUUAAAAAAUUGCAAGAUUCUAAACACAUGACAAAAAUAAUGGAAGAUAUCUUAAAAAAGAAAUAUAGAAAUAAAGAUAAGCUCUCAAUUUAUGAUAUUUUAGAAUGGGAUAUUUGGCCUGGAUUCAUUAGAAUAUAUGUUGCCCAGCUUGCAUUUCAUAAAGAAGGUCUAUCUGAUAAAGAUCAGGAAAUUUGUUAUGAGGCCAUUACAAUAUUUAAUAGUGUCUGUAUGGCUGUUUUAGAAGGGUCUAUAACUUACGUACUUCUUUGUGAGCUUGAUACAAAAAGAAAAGAAGUUCAAAAGUUGUGUGAAGCUAUUGGGUCUCGUUUAGAUGCUGAGAAGUUGAGACCUUUCAAAAACAUUUCCUUUACUGAUGUCAUUUCCACACUAGAAGUACGUUUGAAGGAAUAUAAGACAUUUCAGCAGACUCAAAAGCAAAUUUUUACACUUUUUGAGUAUUUAAAUGGAUCUGAACUCAUAAUUCCUGAACUAGCAGAUGGUACAUUAAUUGUAGCUGAUGUCUCAGAGAGACCUAUUUCCUCAUUAUGCGAAACUAUAGACAAUAAAAUAGUUUGUCAUUAUUUUGCAUUUGCUGCUCCAGUGUUUCCUAUCCUGUUCCAGUUUACUCUACUUACCAAGAUUUAUCACACUAAUACAUUUCAAAAAUUGUGGUAUUCUCAAGUAAACCAAUACAAAGGGAAAAUACUUCAGUGCAGCGAUGUAGUUAAUCUUAUUUGGAAUCCUGUUUUUAUAAAACUUCGCCAAUUUCUUCAAGAUUUAAAAUCGCUGACAAUAUCACUUGUGAGUGUUGAACAGCUACUUCAAGAAUAUUCUUGUAACCAUGAAAAAAUAAAUACUGAACUUUUAUUGUUGGAGGAAGGAGUGAGUAUGUGUAUGGAUAAAAAAAGUGACAUCACAUGGAUUGAUAGCUGUGUUAAAAAAAUGUUGCUCUAUCAUUCUCUUCAUCAAACUGCUACUGCUGCUAAAAUAUUCUUAGAAUUAAAGAAUGUUCUUGCUUUAACUGGGGAUUUCAAUAUAGCAGAAAAAUUAGCAGCUAAAUUUAUGAAGGAUGUUAAAGACCAGACCCUCCAGUGUAUUAAUAACGAUUUAGUGAGUACAGUAGAAUUCCUCCAAGACAUCAGUUCUAACCCCAAAAAACUUGAGUGUUUGAAAAUGUUUAUUGAUUGUCAUGGCAUAAUUGAAUGGAUUAAAUCUGUGACAUCAGAUGUACAGGACUUACAGCACUUUGUUACUAUUGCACUUGCUACUGCAUCAGCAGGAGAAGAUGAUUACACACGUGAUAGACUCUCAAAUCUACGUACUGUAGGCAGUGGAUUUGCAAAACUUAUUUAUUCCUUGCCAAAGAGUACUGGUUGCAUAGAACUGGUACGGUGUUGUACUUCGUUAUGGGAUACAUUGAAACGUGAUGCAGCAUUACCUACGAAAUUGAGAGAUUGCAGUGAGCAGAUUGAGUGGUACAAAUUAGUAAAAGAGAUGCAAGGCUCAGUAGAAAACUCAUCAUUUGGUCAAAUGAACAAUAUAACAAAGUACGGUAUUUAUACUGUUGGUUCUCAUGCUAAAGGAGCUCAACUGAAGCCUUCAGAAUUGAUUAAAAUGCACUUAGAACAGCGUGACAAGCCAUUAGCACAACUGAAGUAUUCAUUAGAUGAGCUACGAGAUCUAGAGAGUAAACUUGUUUUGAUAACAGGCAGGGAGUCUAAAGAAAGGGCAAAUGUAGACUAUUUUUUAAAGGUUUUCAAUACAGUUUGUCAUAUAACAGAUGUACUGAUACAAUUACUCCAGCAUGGUCACAGCAAGUAUAUGGAAUGGGUCCUAAGGUUUCCUUGUACACUUCCUUGUGGCCAUGAUCGGGAUUUAGUUGAUCUUUUGACUGAUAUCCUUAACAACAUGACAAUUGAUUUAGAAGAAUGGCAAGGAGAAGUAGCUGAAGCUCGUAACCAAUUUUAUUGUUUAAAUUAUUAUACCACACAGCAACUUUUACUCUUACGAAAGGAGCUUUCUCAUUUUACUGAUCAUAAUUAUUGUGGCGACCUCAAACCUGAUGUUUUGGCAUUGUUGCAGUCUCUUUCAAAAGAUAUUUCUCAUCAGGACCCUCACAAAGUUGUAACUUAUAUAAGGGAAAUAUUUGACAAUUGGGAUGAGGAAAAUGAAGAUAGCUUGAAAUUAGAUCCAUCUAUUGAUGAAAGCUAUUUACCAGACACUGCACCUAAUGAAAGCAGAGAGGCUGAUAUCAUUGCAUCGAAACUUCAUUCCUCUUCUGUUCCCUAUUACCCUCAAUUGACAUCCAGUGAUUUAACUCAAAAACAGAGUGUAAUAUUAGAUAACUUAGUUCAGUCAUUUGGUUUUUCAGAAAAACUUAUUCUUCUUGCAUUUGAGCGUGUAGCUAAACCAGAUAUUGAGGAAGCGGUAGAGGGAUGGUGUAUUGAGCAUGAAGAAGAUUAUGUAUUUGAUGAAGAAGAGAUUGGUGAUGUAGUUGAAUGUCCAACUGAAAAUAAUGAUGAUAUUGAAAAUUUGUUGUUGACUCCAGGUGAUUACCAUUCAACAAAAUCACAAGUUGUUGAAAGAAAAAUUCUUGUGAGAGUACGAGAGAUGGUUCCUGUUGACAGAGAACAUCCAAUGGUAAAAGACAUGAUACUGUCUGGAUACUCACCUGAGCAAGCACUUGAAGCAGUGGAAAAAUAUCCAGAUAACAUAGAUAAGGCAAUGGAGUACAUUGAUAAUUUAUGUACUGAUGUGGAUGAUCAUGAAUUAUUUCCAGAAACUGUUUUAUCAUCUUUAGAAAGACAGCAAAGUACUGGAUCAUAUGCAUGUGAUAUUGAAAUAGUUUGUGAUCCUUCUAUCAAAAGUUUUUUGACGCUUGAAAAACUUGCUAAAGUACUGGAAAGACUGAACUGCAAAUAUGCUGCUUCUGUUACUUUUGAACGAAAUUUUGGUGAAGUUCUGAAAAAGGGAGAGCCAAAUUUGAUUAUAGUUCCUCCUGAUAAUGUUCUUAAGACUGUACUGUCUCUAUAUAUGGAAAAUAAGGAUCUUCCAUUGCCAACUUAUGAAGAGGUUCUUAUAUGUAACGAGUAUACAACAGCUGAAGAAGUCAAUCUGUUGUGGAAAAGAGCAAUGGGAGAUCCUAAUCAUUUCAGAUUAUUUUGUUUAGUUCAUGCUGAAUUACUGUCAUACCAAGUUUGUGAUAGUGCCAUUAAAUCAUUGCAUGACUUUUCUCAAGGAAACACUGAAUAUAAGCUUGUAAUAGUCUGCAGUAAUGAGGAUCAGGAUAAGUCUCACAUUGUUGCAAAACUUCAGCUACAUAAAAGGCCUUUCUCACUAAUUUCCAAGGAUGCUGAUUUUCAUCUAUAUUUGAGUAAUCACUUCACAAAUAAAUCCUCUAGCACUAAUAUCUUAGCAUCUGUUGUUGAUCCUGAAAACUCACGUGUGAGAGUAGUCAGCUCUACUAGGGCAGGAAUGGGAAAGUCAUUGUACAUACAAAGAAUGAAAGAAGAUUUGAAACAAAAAAGAAAGUCUACUCAUGAUAUAAAUGAUGUUGUGAUACCAUUUCAUGGACCAAAAGUCACAUUUGAUGAUAUACUAAAGUCACUAAAAGAACCAUUUAAUGACAAGCAAGAUACAAACCAAGCUUGCAUAUUUCAUUUCGAUAUCUCACCAAAUGUUUUAAGACAGGUUGAUUCUGUGUUGUUCUCAUUGUUGAUUCUUCAAGCAGCUUCAGACAGUCAGGGUAAAAUAUGGAGGUGCCAUGAAACUCAUCUGUAUGCUGUUGAAGUUACAAUAUUGAAAGAGGAAGAAGAUUUUGCUAAAAGUUCAAUCACUCUUUUAAAUCUCUUACCAAAAGUAGAAUGUCACUCACCUAAUAAUGUUCUUAAUUAUUUAAGAACCACAAAAGAAGAUACUAAUAUUAGAACUGUUGAUGAUAUAGAAUUUAGGAGUGAACAAUUUCAACGUGUCUAUCAGUAUCUUAAAAGACACUCAACUAAUGCUCCACUUGAUACCUUUACUUAUGUUCAUAAACCAGGGUCUGUCACUGAAAAACCAGCUGAAUGUCUACAGUUAUAUUUACAAUAUUGUGGUGUGAAAGAUCCUUCUUGGUCUGAAUUAAAACAUUUUGUUGAAUUUUUAAAUAUACAGUUAAAGGCCUGUGAAAAUUCAGUUUUCUGCAAUGAGCAUUAUGUAGGAGAUGUAAUGUCUGGUCUAAAAACUUUUGUUGUCAAGUUUAUGAUUAGAAUGUCAAAAGAUUUUGCUACUUCAUCUCUUAAGGGAGAGGUUGCUUUGGAAAAUAAAGAGGUGUUAAAUAAUGAUGAGCAACUGCAAGUUUAUGAAAUUGAUAGGAGAAAACGAUGGGAGCAGAGUUAUCAUCCAUACUUAUUCUUUAAUAAAGAUGGUACUAGCAUUACUUUUGUUGGUUUUAAUGUUAGUCGUAAUGGUGACAUUCAAGAUCCUAACAAGGGCAAUGUGGUGAUAGAGCGCAGAGCUAUGACACCCCAACUGCACAAUGGCCUGAGACACAAUCAAGUUGAUCUAUUAGAAAACUACCGGUCUUGGAACAAAAACACAAUGAUAAAUAAGAUUGGUAUGGUAAUGGGGCUGGAAUGGAGCUAUGACCCUGAUUCCUCUUAUGUACUUACUAUUGAUAAUGUUAUCAAGAUAAUGGCUAUACACAUGAGAUUCAGGUGUAAUAUACCUGUUAUUAUAAUGGGUGAAACAGGCUGUGGGAAAACGAGGCUUAUCAGGUACAUGUGUAAUAUUGCUGCUCAGUGUUGCAAAAAUAGUGGGAGUGAAGUACAGAAUAUGCUUAUUAUGAAGAUUCAUGGAGGUACUACUGAAAAUGAAGUGAUUAAGAUGGUAGAAAAGGCAGAAGAACUUGCAUCUAUUAACAGAGAAAAGCAUGAAGUUGACACUGUGUUAUUCUUUGAUGAAGCAAAUACAAGUGAUGCUAUUGGACUGAUAAAGGAAGUUAUGUGUGAUCGCCGUAUUAAUGGAAGGUCUAUUAAAGAGGAUGUAAAAUUUAUUGCCGCUUGUAAUCCUUAUAGAAAGCAUACAAUUGAUAUGAUCAACAAACUGGAGUCUGCUGGUUUGGGAUUUUUUGUAAAAGCAACAGAAACUCAACAAAAAUUGGGUAAAACCCCUCUUCGUCAGUUGGUAUAUAGAGUAUUAGAUUUGCCUCCAAGUAUGAGACCACUAGUGUAUGACUUUGGACAGCUGAAUGAUGACACUGAGAAAGAUUAUACCUUUCAAAUAGUGAAUGACAGAUGCAGUGAUAUUGAUGAAGUUAAGGGACAAACUAAUGUUAUUCAAUCAGUAGCUCAUGUAUUAGCUUGGUCACAAAAAUACAUGAGAGAAAGAAACGAUGAGUGUAGCUUUGUUAGUUUAAGAGAUGUAGAGCGUGCAAUGCUGGUAUUUAGACAUUUUUGUAGACAAAAAGAUCACUUCAGAGAAAAAGUUUCUAAGAAAGCUGAAGAAGAGGAAGAAGAUAUUGUGCAGUGUGAUAUAGCACGCUCACUAAUACUAGCAAUUAGUGUGUGCUAUCAUGCCAGACUACAGGACAGAGUUGAAUAUGAAACUAAUGUGGUACAAGAGUUCAAACCUCCUUUGACAGUUACCGGAAGAGAACAAUUUUGUAACGAAAUUAGAUGGUGUCAAGACAUUUUGUUAGAUAAUAUGAAGCUUGGUCCCAAUAUUGCUAGAAAUGCUGCUCUAAGAGAGAAUGUAUUUAUGAUGGCCAUAUGUAUUGAAUUACGGAUACCUUUGUUUCUUGUUGGCAAGCCAGGCAGCUCUAAAUCACUAGCAAAAUCUAUUGUUGCUGAUUCAAUGAUUGGAAGGCUUUCAGAUAAUGAGUUCAUUAGAGGAUUUAAAGAGGUCCACAUGUUUUCAUACCAGUGCAGUCAAUUGUCGACUCCAGAGAGUGUUAUUGAAAUAUUCAACACUGCUAAAGGAUUUCAAAAGAAGGAAGAUGUCAAAAAUUAUGUGUCAGUUGUAGUUUUAGAUGAGGUUGGAUUAGCUGAAGACUCUCCCAAUCUUCCAUUAAAAGCUCUUCAUCCACUUUUGGAGGAUGGAACUGAGGGAGCUGAUGGAAAAGAACAAAUCAUUGAUCGUAAUAAGCGUGUGGCUUUUAUUGGAAUAUCUAACUGGGCUCUUGAUCCUGCUAAAAUGAACAGAGGUGUUAUGGUUACCAGAGGUGACCCUGAUGUAGAUGAGCUUGUUCUUUCUGCAAAGGGAAUAUGCUCUAAUGAGACAAAUGAUCCUAUCAAAGAAAAACUGAGUAUGUACUUUCAUCCAUUGGCUUCUGCUUAUAAGGACAUAUGUGAAGAACAAGACCAAAGGCAAAAACCAUUUUUUGGUCUUAGAGACUUUUACAGCCUCAUAAAAAUGCUCUAUUGGAUGUGCAAGAAGAGUGAUAGGCCCUUGACUGACCCUCAACUUCAACAUGCAAUAAAGCGAAACUUUGGUGGGCUAGAUGUUGACGAAAUUGAUACAUAUGGAAUUUUUAAACACUAUUUUAAGGACUUAGAGCACAAGCCUGAUUUAAGAAGUGUCACUAACGAAAACUUGAAGGAUAUUCUAGUGCCUGAUAACAGCCCACUAGGUCUAAUAAGAAAAAGCUUGCAGACAAGGGAAGUGUCUUGGCAUGGAGAAAAUCGCUACUUGCUGUUUCUGACUGAAAAUUAUGCUGCACUUCAGGUCAUCAAGCAUUAUCUACAUGAAGAAGUUGGAUUGAGAGAAGUUGGAAUUGAAGAUGAUAGGGCUGAAGGCUAUAGCCUUGAAGCCUCCUUGAGUCUUGUAACUGAUGAUUCACUGAAGGCAAGAAGCAUGGAACACAAAAUGAAACCAUUUGUUCUUUUUGGUAGCUCUUUUCCCAAAGACAGAGAGUACACUCAAGUGUGUCGUAAUAUCAAUCAGAUUAAGAUAUGUAUGGAAACUGGUCGUACUGUCAUUCUUCUUAAUCUCGAAAAUCUUUAUGAGAGCUUGUAUGACUUGUUAAACCAGUAUUAUAUUCAUCAUGGAGACCAAAGAUAUGUAGACCUUGGGCUACAAACUCACAGAGUUAAAUGCCGUGUACACCAUAACUUUAAGCUGAUUUUGAUAGCAGAGAAAGCUACUGUCUAUAGAAAGUUUCCUACCCCACUUAUCAACCGACUUGAGAAGCACUUUGUAUUGUCAGAGACAGUUCUUUUGGAAUGGCAAAAGGAAGUUCUUAAAAAUCUCAUUGAAUGGAUAGACAAAUUUGGUGAAAUCAGUACAUCAGAUAGCAAGUUUACAAAACAAGAUGCUUUUAUAGGUUAUCAAAGUGAUACCCCAGCUUCAGUUAUUUUUCAAGCUACUCAUGAAAUACAACAGGAAGGUCGAUACAUUGAAAAUGAAGUCUCAGAUGAAUUACAGGAGGCUGUAUUAGAGUGUGGUAAAAAGAUGCUGUUACAGAUGGCAUCACCAGAAGCUCUAAUACGAUUGAAAUCUACUUCACUGGAGGAUGAGCAGAAAUACUUAAGUCAAAUCUAUUAUUUUGAUCAGCAUCAUGGCUCUAUUGUUGAAUUUCUUAAUUAUCAUCUUCAUAAAACUCGUAAUUUGUCUGGACUUUUGAUACAAGUAACAACUCAUAGUCACCUUCUUUCAAAACAUGAGGCAAAUGAGUUAUACAGAAGUGUUGAUAUCAAGAAUGGAGGAUGCCAUUUACUGCAGGAGUUUGAUACUGAGAUGAAUUUUAGUCACAAAAUUAGUCCUUCAUUUUCUGAUAAAGAGGAAUCCCUAUUAAUUAUUCAGUGUGACUCUGGACACCUAUAUGGUGAUUUGUUAGCAUGUGCUCGAUACCGUAUUGAUGAUGAGAGAGAGAAGAAUAAGAUGAGACAUAAAACUGGAGAAGGGAUUACCCACGUUCUUUUUAUUGUACAUCUUCCUCGUCAAAUUGAUGCUACAAAUAGCUCUUUCGUUGGGUUUCAAGGAGGGUCUUGGAUUUCAGCUCACAUUGAUGACAUAAGGCCUCCUCUUGACUCUGAUCUUACACUUGACGAUGCUCAAAAUGCUCCUAUCAGUCAUCUGUUUUAUAACGGACAGUUUUUGAUUGAUGAGGAAAUGGAAAUAGAAUUGAAGGAAGACUCUGAUUUGAUUGAAUCAGAAGAAGAGGUAAUGGAAGACAAUCAAUCACUGGCAAGGUCUCAGUCAGACAAUGAAGAGGAAGAUAUGUCUGGCAAUGCAGUUGUAUAUGAUGAUGGCCUCAAAGUAGAGGAUUUAGAAGAGUUGUCUUCUGAUGAUGUACAUGCUGACGACAUGCAAAAUUCUAUAUCCGAAAAGAGUGAUGAUGCUGAGGUUCCUGCUAGUAAAAAGCAACACUCUCAAUGCAGUCGAUUGUAUAACUGCAUUCAAGCAGCAGUAGCUUCAUUGAUUGAAACUGGAGAUUCUAGGAAGCAAACAGCAGCAGCUAUGAGAGUCAAAAUAUUACUGAAGCACAUUCCACCGAAUCCUUCAUUUCCUUUAGAUACCAAAACAUUUUAUGGUGCACUUGUGAAGCAUCUAAGAAGUUUGUUGCAAGAAAGGGAGGAAAAACGACCAGACAUAUGCAGUGAAUGGGUACUGAAUGAAGCUUUGAGUGGUAAGAAGUUACAGAGUGGAGGAACUUUCCAGAAUGUCUUGUCAAGAAAACUAGAUGAAGUCAUCACUCCUAUAUUUGCAGCUGUUCUAUUAUUUGUUGAUCAAUACUCAAACCUUAACCUAUUAGAGCAUUCAAAUGAGUAUUUAAAAACUCUAUGGCAUGCUAUCUUUAGUAACGAAGAAGUGAUACGUUUCAGUUUUCAGAACUAUACCUUAGGGUUGGGUAUUUCUUAUCAAGUUGCAGUGCCUGGUAUGGGACAAACAUUAGCAGCUGAAUCAGAAUUUGAUUGUGAGUUUCCUUUUUUCUGGUUGAUUAAGGAAGCCAUUGAAUCUAAAUGGGAAACUGUAAGAAGUUCUUCGGAUGAUCAUCGUCAAAAUGUGCAUGUUAGACUGUGUGACAUGUUACAUGAUGAUCCAGUUGCUAAUGUAUUAAUGAGAGUACCACAAAAGCAUUGGUCAGAGUUGUGCCUUUUAUAUCUUAAUGAUGUCCUGAGGAGUGUGCAUAAUGCACCUCAUCAUAAAGCUUCUGAUGAAUAUGAGAUAUUAAAAAAUUCUCUUAUUGCUCUAAUUAAUGGUCCUGAUCUCUCUCCACACAAGUCUCUUCUGUCCUUUCUUGCAGCAGUUCAUGUUGUAUACAAUGAGUAUCAAAAGGAUAUUAUGUGGUUUGGACAACUGACAGCACACAGUCCAGGAAUAUUACUUCAGCUAGCUCGAGAAGAUUUUUGUGACUGCCAAUACUUUAAGCUACCAUUGUAUGCAGUUAAAGUUUCUAUUAGUCCUGAUAACCUUGCCUUACCCCUUACACCUGAAAAGAGAGGAUUUAUUCGUCAAAGACUAGUCAAAUUGCAAUUGUGUCAAAAUUCAAUUGAUUCUAUAUUAACUCUUGCACCAAAUAAUGAAUUUACUCAAGAAAUCAGGAUAACAUGGCAAUGUGUACGAGCUGUCCAGCUUUUCAUUGAGCAUGUAGCUUUGAAAUGUUCACAAGAUGAGAAUGAUCAAAAGUUUAUCACUUUUGUGCAGUAUGCUAACAGAAUCAAUGUACGUCUGAAAUGUGAGUUUGUGAAAUUAGAUGCCAUUUUAAUUGUCAAGAAAGUUUUACAAACUGUGGACAGAGAAGCUAAAUCAAAGCUAAAAUUUACUGACAAAAUGAAAGAAAUGCUCCGAGAGUGUUGCAAGUCCUAUUUCAUGGAAGUUGUUUCUUCUCUAUGUUUUGGUCAAGCCACUCCACCUGAGCCUGAUCUUAUUAGUGAGCUGUUAAAUAUUGUUAUUACAGAACAGAAUAAGACUAAAGAGUUCACUUACUCUGAGGAGGAAAAAGCUGAUAAAGUUCCUGUCAUACGAUCCUUUUUACUACAGCUACUACUGGAACACAAUAUGGAGGAGGUGAAACAACAUUUAAGUUCUUACUUUGAGAAAGCUCAGCACCUGAUUCAAAAUGAUCAUAAUUUGUGUUUAUUAUGUAUCCAGUGCUUAGAGGAUGCCAUUUACAAGCAGCAUGGUCAGUUUUCUCUUCAAAUGAAAGUAGAAAAGGCUCUUUCUACAAUUGAGCAGGGAAAGGAAUUAAUCAGUGGUAGUGAGACCCCUUAUCCGGGAGAAGAAAUUAGUUUGGAAUAUUUGGAAGGAGUUUCAAUGUUGCGAUUCUCACUGUCUGUCAUAGCUGAACUUAUUCAUUACCAGUACAGCAACAAAGAGACUGAAGAAAUAACAUACACUCACCAUUCUCAGCUCCUCUUAAACAAAGCUAAGGAAUGUUGCAGUGAUGAUCAUUUGAAUGAGGAUGACACUGGACCUGGUGUGUUCCUCCUCAAACAAAUAGGAAAGCAAUAUGGAGUUGCUUUCCUCACUAACCUUACUUCUGAUGCUACUAUGCAGUGGGUAGUACCCCGAAGCCUACGCCAAUCAGAUGAUGAAGAUACUCAUCAAGUCAAUGAUCCUUUUGUAAUUUAUGAUGGUUAUGACAAAUUUCAAACAAUCCUGACCGAUGCAGUGUAUGGAAAGGACUUGACACAACUACAAGCAACUAUCCAAAGUCUUGCUACUGCAGAUGUGGUUCCAUUACUGGUAGGAACUUAUCAAGUUAUUACUGGUAGUGCUGUGUUUACUGCUGACUCUAAAAUAAUUUCAGACAACAUUAAAAAAGAAGUAUUAGCUACUAUUAAACAAUGUGAAGGACUUAAAAGAGAACUUUUGUGGAUAGCUCAGCAUCUCAUAGAGGAUACUUAUUAUGGUAGACUGGAGGUCAUGACUCUUAGACCAGGAAUGAGCCCACAGAAUAGAUUACUGACUGAUCUUGUUACUCAUGUAGCCAUAGCUGUACAAUGUACAUCAAAUAAAUUACUUACACCAUUCAUUCAAAUGAUAAGUCGUCCAGGAGAUUUAAAAGAUUGUUUUUUACCUACAAUGCCAGACGAUUCUCUUCCUGAUGUUAGGAAUGCUGUUGGUGGUGGAAAAUUUUAUGAAUGUCCAAGAGGACAUCCUUAUUUUGUAUCUGAGUGUGGUAAACCACUUCAACAAUAUGCUUGUCCAAUUUGUCACUCACGUAUUGGUGGUCAAAAUCAUACACUUGAAUCAACAAAUAGGAUUGCUAGGACGACUGAUAUAACUGAAACUGGUUAUGCUCUUGGCCAACCACAUCAAAGAGAAAGCAUGCCAUCAACUGAAAGGUCAUUAUCUGUUCCAGCCUGUGCUAUUAUUAGAGCACUAAUGCACUCUUCAUUACUUUGGACUUCAUGUACUAAUGAGCACUCAAUGAAUAAUUUAUUGGAUUUGAUCAAGACACCAGUUGCCCCAAAUAAUGUGUCAUUGUUUUUUUGGCAGCAUCUAUCUUAUGAUAUUAAAAUGUUAAGUGCCUCACUAGGCAAAAGUGAAGAUGAUGCUUGUCUUAUAUUGCAUAUACUGUUAAAGAACAUUGCCACUUUGAAUCCUAGAGGAGGAAAUGCAACAAACCUUAGUUCAAAGGAACACAGACGUGAAUGGGAAAAGUCAUUUCAUGACUUAUAUAUUAAACCUGUACUGACAAAUUUAGAUGCCAACCUUCAUAAAGCAACUGAUUUAAUCUUAAAUCACAAAAAAGAAGAACGUGAUCGAUUGUUUUAUGUGAUUCAUGAGAGAGUACAGAUACCACCUAAUGUUAUUGUGCCUCAUUUGUGGAGUUAUCAUUCACGCAUUACACUCAAAAAUGUGCUGCAAGUACUACAAGCAGAAAAAGAAACUUAUCCAAUAUUAUAUGAGUUUUUGAUACAGGAUCAGUUUCUAAGAGCUACACAAUACCUUCCAUCUAUCAUUAAAUUGCAGCAGCAAAUGUAUAAAAUGAGUCAUAAAAAGUUGGACAAGAAGGAAGCAACACAAUGGACAAUCAGAGACUACCUUAAAGGCUUUAGGCAGCCACGAGGAACUCAAGGUGAAAACAAGAGGAAUCAGUUUCAAGACCGCCUGAACUGUGUCAUAAAAGCUUGGAAUCUUGUUAAAGAAAGACUAAAAGAUGCUCGUGUUCAUGUUGAUCCUAAUAUUAUACAAUCAUUGUCAUGGGAUGAAAAAACUCCUCUCUCUUAUCUGAUACCAACCUUAACUGGUGAUGGAGCCUGUACUGUAGCACUAGUGGGCUUGCUAGUUGGAAUACAUAAUGAUUUUUUGGAAAAAUGCCACUCACAAUUAGAGACUAAACUGAAGAAAAAUAAAAGUAAAAUGUGUAAAGUCCCAGCCAGUCAGAUUCAGUUAUGUCAUCUAUUGGACUAUGAGCAUCAGAUUCUAUCAAUUGUUCUGUCCCACUGCCACUACUCACUGAAGCAUGGAAAGGGUCAUGAUGUGAACUAUGACUUCGCUGCACUUGAGAAACACAUUGUUGAUAGGUUUAUUCAUGGGAAGCCAUACAUACAGUUGGAAUUUCCUCAAGUAGUAUACAGAAAAGAUGUUUAUACUGCUGAGGCUUUUGCUAACAUCAGGAAAAAUGUACAACCUCAGAGACAAUUGACUGUAAAACAACAAACAGACAUUGUUCAUGAGCUACACAGCAUGAAGCAUCUGAGAGAAUGUCUUGAUGUGGUAGAGAUUGUGAUUGGUUUUCUUUCUUCUGGUAAGAGCAAUUCUAAGACAGAAUUGAAGACGUACAUUAAGAGAGUAGUAAGGAUUGAUGAAAAGAGAUUCACCAGCAAGAAGGCAAUGGAAUACUGUACUCUUGGCCACAUAUUGUCACUAUGGGAAACACUCUCUGUCCAAAUGGCAAAAUGUCUUACAAUUCGAAAUCAAGAAGCUUUUGAUUCCUUUGGUGAAGAAUUGAUGAAAAAUCUUUCAAAAGAGCAAGUGGAAAAUUUGAAGUCAUAUUUGAAAGGAAUAGAUGUUCCUCCUUUUCUUAAUCUCUUAUACGAGUUUAUUGAAACGACCGUUCGUCAUUAUGAAUCAAAUUACAUUGGCAUAACUUGGUCUUUGAGUGACACUUUAUACCUUCAUUUGGAAAAUUCUGAAUUGGAAUAUUUGCUUCCUGAGGAUUUUCAGAAGAAAUUUCCAAAGUCAAUUACUGUAGAUCAGACAGUGGAAGUAUGGAAAACUAUUGUUAUGUUUCAGUAUGAUUAUGAACAAAAAAUAGCAUAGUUAUUGACUUUUUGUAGCAAUUUUUCAUUUAAUUUAUUUGUGUAGAUCUAAU